GCUAGGCUGGCUGGCUGGCUGGAGUGGAGGGAGGGAGACAGGAGGGCGGGGGGAGGAGGAGAGCUGUUCGAGUGCCUGGGCCCCGCGCGCGCGCCAGCCGCCCAGCCAGCGCGUGAGUGGCCCCGCGACGCCGCCGUCGCCGGUUCCUCUAAUAUCAACCCCCCCUCCCCUCCGCCGCUUCACCCCCGGCCGCCUGAGAGCGCCUGCGUAAGGGCGCGCGGGCCUCCCUUGCUCUCCCCCCUCCCUCACCCUUUUUAUUAUUUUGACGCCCGCACCGCGAGCCCAGAAGAACCAACGGCUGAGGGGGCUAGUGGCGGCGACGGUGGCCGCCAUGGCCCAACGCGGGCCCAGAUAAGGGGGCGGAGGAGGAGGCGCCGCCGCCUCUGGGCCCGUGGAGGGAUACGGAAAAGGAAAGCUCGGCCUCUCACACAUAUAUUUAUAUAUACAGAAAGUCGUAUAUAUUUAUAUAUAUCUCUACAUAUACACGCACACCGACUGGGCCAGGAGGAGAGGGCCUUGCCAAUUGCAGAAGUGGCUUACAUAAGUUGAAUGGAUGGGUUAAUGAAUGCAUACACAACUUGAACAUCUGAGCACAGAAGCACAAAAACAGGUGCAUUUUGAUCUCUUGCAUUGUGGAUCCUAGCAAAAAUCAGAGGAAAAUGGGCGUCAAAACAUUUACCCACAAUUCCCCUGCACACAGCCAGGAGAUGCUUGGGAAGCUUAACAUGCUGCGUAAUGAUGGACAUUUCUGCGACAUCACCAUUCGUGUCCAAGACAAAAUCUUCAGAGCACACAAGGUGGUACUGGCAGCCUGCAGUGACUUCUUCCGUUCCAAGUUGGUUGGCCAAGCAGAGGAUGACGGCAAAAGUGUACUUGACCUGCAUCACGUGACAGUGACUGGGUUCAUGCCUCUUCUGGAAUAUGCAUACACAGCAACAUUGUCUAUUAACACAGAAAAUAUUAUUGACGUCUUGGCCGCGGCCAGCUAUAUGCAAAUGUUCAGUGUUGCUAGCACGUGUUCUGAGUUCAUGAAGUCGAGCAUUUUGUGGAACACUCCUAGUAGCCAGCAAGAAAAGGUGCUAGAUACAGGACAGGAAAACAGUGCAAAUUGCAACUUUACCUCUCGAGAUGGCAGCCUUUCUCCAGUUUCCUCUGAAUGCAGUGUGGUGGAAAGAACCAUUCCUGUUUGCAGAGAGUCACGACGGAAACGUAAAAGCUACAUAGUCAUGUCGCCAGAAAGUCCCCUUAAAUGUAGCACUCAGACAAACUCACCACAGGUUCUGAAUCCUUCAGCUUCCUAUGCAGAGUCUAGAAGUCACCCUGUAGACUCUUCUUUAGCUUUUCCUUGGACUUUCCCUUUUGGAAUCGACCGAAGACUUCAGUCAGAGAAGGUGAAGCAAGUAGAAAAUUCUCGGACUCUAGAAGUGCCUGGUCCAUCUGAAGCAGCUAGAAGAAUUGCUGAUUAUGUGACUUGUGAGAGCACAAAGGCCAGCUCACCUCUGGUCAUUGAAGAAGAUGUGCGUGUUAAAGUGGAAAGGUUAAGCGACGAGGAAGUCCAUGAGGAAGUAUCACAGCCUGUCAGUGCAUCCCAAAGUUCUCUGAGUGAUCAACAGACAGUUCCAGGAAGCGAACAAGUUCAGGAGGACCUCUUGAUCAGCCCACAGUCAUCAUCUAUAGGUUCAAUAGAUGAAGGGGUCACUGAGGGAUUGCCAACACUCCAGAGUACCUCUGGUAGUAACGUUCAUGCAGAGGAUGAUGACCGAGUGAUUGCUUGCCUCUUCAGAUUGGAGAAUGUCCAGUAUCCUUACCAGCUCUAUAUUGCUCCUUCAACCAGUAGCACAGAGAGACCCAGCCCAAAUGGCCCUGAUAGACCUUUUCAGUGUCCCACCUGUGGUGUUCGAUUCACCCGUAUUCAGAACUUAAAACAGCACAUGCUCAUCCACUCAGGCAUUAAACCAUUUCAGUGUGACCGUUGUGGGAAAAAGUUCACCCGGGCUUAUUCGCUAAAGAUGCAUCGCCUGAAGCACGAAGGUAAACGCUGUUUCCGGUGCCAGAUAUGUAGUGCCACUUUCACUUCCUUCGGGGAAUAUAAACACCACAUGCGGGUUUCCCGGCACAUUAUCCGCAAGCCUCGGAUUUACGAGUGCAAAACAUGUGGCGCCAUGUUCACCAACUCUGGAAAUUUAAUCGUUCAUCUGAGGAGUCUGAACCAUGAAGCGUCAGAGCUAGCAAACUACUUCCAGAGCAGUGAUUUCCUAGUACCGGACUACUUAAACCAAGAACAGGAAGAAACCCUUGGCCAGUAUGAGCUAGGAGAGCAUGGAUUUGAAAGCAGCUCCUCUGUCCAAAUGCCUGUCAUUUCACAGGUUUCAUCAACUCAGAAUUGUGAAAGCACUUUCCCCUUGGGGCCUCUGGGUGGGUUGGCAGAAAAGGAAGAAGACAUGCCAGAGCAGCCAAAGACGACUGCAAGUGCCGACGUGAGCCGGGAUGACCCCCCGAAACCAGGGCUCUCGUCUAUCACUAUUGAAUAAGUCCGCAAUUUGGUUUCAUUUUUGUCUUUUUGGAAAGUGCCUGUGUUUGGUCUUGUACAUUUUAAUUUAAUUUUCAGAAAAGGUGGGGGGGAAGAAUGUACCCCUUUUUAAUUUUGUAAGCUAUGCUGUUAAAACCAUAAACUGCAAAAGAUAUUACACAGAUAUUCACAGCCAAACGGUCACUUCUGUGGAAACAUUUUAUGACUGAAAUGCACAGUAAGGUUCUAUCAGAACAUCACAUGCACUUCUAAAGGAAAGCUAAGCACACUCAAACUACAUUUGUGGUUUCUCAUUCUGCAGUUUAGACCUAAUUAUUAAUGGAUUGCUUUGCUCACCCCAUUUUUGCAGGAUUUCUGGUGCAGGAAGAAAAAUGAAUGGCGCUUAAAAUGAUGAGUUUUGAGUACACAUGCACACACACACCAAAAAAAACAAGUACGGAAGAGAAAAAAUUGCCUGUGUUGGUAGACCAUGUAUUGUUUAGAAGGAAUAAUUUUGGUCUGUGCUUUUCUUUAAGGCAUGCUUACUAUACUUUCUAAAGCUUACAAGACCUCUGUUUUUAGAAGCAGAUGAUUGAUUGGCUUUGGCAAAGCAAAGGGGAACAUGCCUAGGUAUGCUCACCUCUGGCAUGCCACUCCUUUUUAGAAACUGUUCAUGCAGAUGGCCUUAUCUGGAUUUCAUUCUCCGAAGUGGUACAUAAAAAAAAAUCUGUAGUCAAGAAGUCCUAAUUGUAUUUAACAUCAUGGAGUAGUAUGAGUACAUAACAAGGAGAGAGUUUACAAAAGGCAAAAGAGAUUUUGUGCAUUAAUGUACUCUUUUGCAGUUACACAUCUAUGUAUGCACUUCGGUUUUAUUAUACUGUUUUUAGAUAAUGCAAGCAAUUUAUUUUCUUUUAGAGGCCAAGUUUCUAACCCAACAGGGGUUGUUUACAGAAGGCCUAUUAGCAAUGAUAAAAUCUUCCUGUUUUAAAACAUUUUUAUACCCUUGCCAAGCUGGUUUCAUAAAAGCCAUUACCUUGGCUACAUACACAGAUCCAGCAAGCAAUAGUCAGAAAGACUUGCCAUUUCAUUUUUCCCUGCAAAGUUUAUAAAAGGUGGUAAACACAUGAUAGGGCAUUUUCAGGCCAGCAGUUUUUGGGUUUUUUGCCAACAUCUGUUGUUGGUAAGGCUUGGAAAUUUAAUUUGGACUACAUUUUUUAAUCUGUUUUUCUCAUUUGUUUGGUUCUGAGCAUCCUGACACAUCGAAGCUUCACAAUUCACCAAAUGGUUUGGUGUUUUUUAAGUGAAAUUUAUCUGAGGGAGGUACCAAUGAAAUGAAUUUCACAUUAUCAUCAAACUAAAAAUAUUUUUUUUAAGCGUGGGGCUGAUAGGGAAAAAUAAUUUAGUCACUGCAAAGGUUAAAUAGCAGGGCUGAUGCUUUAUGCAGCAAUAAUUGGAAAUAAUAGUUUUGAAGAAAUUUGAUGUUCUACUAAUACAAAAAACUAAGGAGGCAUCUUUUUGUACAAGUGUUCUGUUAAAUAGAUUUAGGUUUUUCUUCCCAUGAUUUUCAAAUAGAAUAAAAAAAUCACACUUCCACUCUUUUCAGCAGAAGAAGCCCCCUCUGAGGCUCUGUCCCUCUUCUCAGGUUGAACCUGUAUGAAGUACGACGGUUCCAUCAUAUAACAAAAAUCAGCAAAAGAGAAUCGUUUGUACCGCAGUUUUAAUUAUUCCUCUGGAUACAUUGGACUGUCCAUUUAUUUUAUCCCAUAAAUGCAGGAUGAAACUGACUUGAAGUAGCAAAUUCCAAUAGAUAAAUGUUUUGUUUUGUCUUGUCACAAAUCAUAUUAAGGCAACAAGUCUUAUUAAGGCAAGAAGCACAUCGGUUGCAUGUAAACUCAUUACCUGGCAGACCAUCCAGCAGGUGUGCUUUGCAGUUGUUUAACCUCUUUUCUGGGGGAUGGAGGGGUGUCUGCCUGCACAGUACAUCCUAUCUCUUCUAUAAGGUCAGUUACGAGUAAUAAUUCGCAAGCGCAAAUUGCACAUUUGAUAUGUGCAAAUGUAGAGCAGGUGAUCUACAUUUAGGAGAUGUGAAACUUCGUAUCAGAAGUAAUACUAAGGAAAAAACACUAAAUGAAGAAAUUCAUAAAAAGUGUGUUCAACCUCAAGUUUAUUCUUAUUCUUUCAUAAGUAAAAUUGAGCAUAUUUACUGUUUACAUGAAUUAUGGGCUACUUUGUUAUGUCACAGUACAAAAAAACCCAUACCUUGUUGUAUUUAUUCAGUAUUUUUAAAUCUCAACCCAGUAAAGGAUCUCUCUUCCACAGAAAGAAACGUUUUUGUAAUACUGUACAUAAAUGUUUCCUGGUGAAGGAAUACCCCCACCCUCUCCAUAGAGCUACCUACCUGUGAAAAAGAGUCCUUGUUUUUAUACAUUGACAUUUGGAAAUGUUAACUUGCUGAGUCAGACGUCUGUUAGAAGCAUUUAAAAUGAAAUUGUGUAGGUGAAUUUGGGGUCUUGCCUUGAGCAAUGCCCAUGUUUAACUUGAAAACAUAACCCCACUUAUUUAAAUUAAACUUUACUUCCAGUUAAAGUGUGCCUAGUUUAAAUAGGCUAUAUGCAUAGCAUAUUUUAAAUCGGGGGUUGCAAACAGUCAGCCCCAUGGGGUAUUUAUAGGCUCCUUGAAAGUUUGGCCAGUGCUGUGGAGAAAUAAUCUCUUUACGAAAGCCUGAGUGACUGGUCUUCAUCUAUCCAUCCCAACCUGGGCUCUCAAAGAGAAUGACGCCAUCUUCCCCUAGGUUGCUGCCACAGUCUUCUCUUUCAAAGAGCUUCAGUGAACCAAUCUAAAAGCCACCAGCUGGAUGAACAACCCUUCUUAAGGCUUAAUAACCUUUGCCCAUCCCUGUUUUAAAUCCCAUUGAGCCUGCGUCUUUUCCAAGGCAUCAUCACAAGAAUUGCACUUGGGGGAGCGGGGGGCUCAAUGAUGUUUCCAACCCAAGCUAAUAAAAUGGGAGUUUCUUUGGUGAUGGAGCAGGUGAUCCUUUUGUAGUGUUGGGGUUUACAGUUAACCAUCCCAAGUUAUUCCAGUGGUCGCUCAGUGAGACCUACACAUGUGAUGUAGCCACCCAGAGAAUCUGGAUAUACUGUGCAGCCUUUCCAUGAUUUGUGUGUGUGAGAGAUUUAUAUCCAGAGGAGAAGCAUCUGUUAUCCAACAGAAUUUGGAAAGGGUGCAGGUGGGAGUUAGGAUCCACACCUGACAUUUUCCUCAUCUCUCAGAAGUUGCACACUAGUGAGGCUGGUUUCAGUGUGCCAACAGGUGAUACCCACAAACACCUAUGAAGAGGGUAUUUGUACGUAGGAAAUGAGACCAUGUUCCCCCAAAGCGCAACAUGGAAUGUCAGUUUCAUAUAGCAAAUCUCUUGUCACCAGCUUAGGGCUCAUUUUGCCUUUUAUGCAUCUUUUGGAAGACAGUUCAGCCUCUCUUCUCAGACUGACCAAUUUUUUUGCUCCCCAUUCUAACACAGAACAUGGUAUCUGUGUCCUUAGUUCUAGUUUCGGCACUUAUCCUUAGUCUGAAAAGUGUAAAUGUGAAAAAGUGUUGUUUUUAAGCAACCAGUGCCAGUGUAGCAAAAUAUAUGAAUAUAUAUAUUAUAUAUUUUAUAAAACGAAAGUCCCUAGGCCCCAGUUCCCAAAAGAGAUUAAAACUGUAUUUUUUUAACAAUGCAUUUGCAAAUUUUAAAAUAGUGGCUUUGGUCAGAUUUUUUUUGGGGGGGAGGGAUUGUUACUAAUUUUUCUUCACCAGCCUUAAGGUAGAAGAUGGCAGAGGGUUAGAUCCUGUUUCUCUGCCUUUUUCUUAAAAGUCUGCAGAACGUAGUGCACCAGGAAUGGUUUGGAUGAGGAUCACUAUAACAGAGGCAAUUUUUGCUCCUUAGUUACCUUUCUGCAGAAAAUAAAGACUUGCUUUUCUUAUCCCAGAAACAAACAGAACAAACAAACAAAAAAGUUAACAGUCAUUGCCCAUUCCUAGGUUUCUUUAGGAACAAGUGUUUCCUGCUUGGAUUCAGGGGUAUACUCUGCCAUUCAAGGCUUUUUGGGGUCACAUUUGGCUGGGAAGCGGGGUAAUAUUAGAAAUGAAUAAAUACUAGAACUCAUCAUAGAAUAAAAGCUGGUAAUUUUUUAAAAAAUGAUGCAAAUAUUUUUAAAUGCAAGAUAACUGGUUUUAAAGCUCUGUGGUGUGUUGUUGUUUUUAUUUUAAUUUCUCUGUGUGGUAUCAAGAGUACUUCAGUGGGUCUUGUCAAUCUCUCCCAGGGGCCUGGCCACCUUGAUGAUGCUCUCCAGCAGCACUGUUGUGACCUCCUUUCUGGGCGGGGGUUAGCGAGACCCUCGGAAGGAUGUUGCAGUUUGGUUUUGUUUGGUUUCAGCUGCCCGCAUGCUGCCAGCUUUAUUCUGACUUCCACCCCCCCACCCCACCCCCCAACGGAAGCUGGAGAGUGCUUCCAGGCCCCAUCUUUGCAGUGCUGUCUUGUCCCUGGGCCUUUGUAGAAUCCUUAAAAGGGAAGGGAGUAAAGCUGGAUCUGGGAAUGUGAACUGAACUCUCAAGGGGCUCCCCAGCCGCUAUGUGUGUGACUCCCUCCCUUUUCUAACUGUGCCAGUCUUCAGUCACCAGCUGCCCAUCUCAUACAGCUUUUCUUGUCCGUGCCGACCACAGCUAGGCUACUUGGCAUGUUUAUUGAACUUAAUGGAGGAAAAAAAUGUUUUUUGGGUUUGGUUUUAUUUUUAAUGUUGAAAUACACUUUGCAUUUUAUAUACUAUAUCUGGCUAUUAGUAUUUUUCAGGAACCCAUAGUUCUUGGUGGCUAUAUAUAUAUUUUUGUGACUUUUUGUAAACUAAAGUGCCGUUUCACUGUUACAAUCAUUUUUAGAGUUCUUGUAAUCAAUGUGAAUAUCAUGGUUUUUUCAAAAAUCUGUUCUGAGCCUGUAGUGUUCGCUUUUGUGAUUCUCUGUGUGAUGUAUAUAUUCUGUAUAGUUACCUUGUACUGAAAUAUUAGCUUGUUUGAUAUAAGAAGAAUAUGUAUUGGGUACCUUUUUUGCUAGCCUGGUUGUUUAAUCUUUAAAAAAAAGUUCAAAAACAAAAAAAAUCUCCAGACUGGUCCCAUUAAUAAGUCAAAAUUGAGCGGGAAGAAAAACUAGUUUUGAGUGUCUUUGGAUAGAAACAUGAUAAGAUUUUUCAUUAAAAUGUUAAUGUUUUAUGGAGUAA